AUGGGCUGUAGUGAAGAAAAGAAGGCGAGCUUUUGGGAAGAUCUGGAGCAGUACGUUCAAUCCCUGGAAAGCGAAGAAAUACUUUUAAUUGGAGGAGACUUCAACGGACAUGUCGGUUCUCGGAAAGACAGAUUCGAGAGUUGUCAUGGUGGAUACGGCUAUGGAGCUCGUAACGACGACGGGUUGCGAAUCCUGGGGUAUGCUGUUGCAAGUGACUUGAUCAUUGCUAACACGCAGUAUCGGAAAAGAAAAUCGCAUUUGAUCACGUACACCAGCGGCGGUCGUGAAACACAAAUAGAUUUCUGGAUGUUACGCCGACGAGAUCGCCGACUUCUGCAGGAUUCAAAAGUCAUCUCUACAGACCAUGUCGCUGCCCAACACCACCUGUUCGUUAUGGACUUGAAAAUCUCCCGUCCAUGGAAGAGACAUCCAAGGACUGAAACACAGCGCAUCAAAUGGUGGAAUCUGAAGGAUCGAAAGGAGGUAUUUUUCGCGUCCGUGGCUCCAUCUACACCUCCUCACCCCACUCGUACUGUGGUCGUCUACUUCCAGCGUUAUACGCUUGACCGCGGAAAACACUCUGGGAAAGACGACUUUAGGUAA